GCUGACCUUUCUCCCAAGGCCACAUGAUGGUUCCUUUUGGAAAGGCUCUCUGGAUUUGUUGUGCGGCCUCCCGCUCUCGGCAGCUGCUGUGAAUGACCCCUCGGUCUGAAACUUGACCCUCAGGGAAAUCCUCCUGGCCGUAGUGACACACGGCAGAGGCCCCGGUCUUAUGGCUCUUAGAAGAUAGGGAAGAUUUACCAGCCAUGGAGGACAAACCUGCCAAGAUCCCAGCGUCCGUGCCCCAGUUCACCAAUUCGCCCAGCAUGGUGAUCAUGGUGGGGCUCCCGGCUCGGGGGAAAACCUACAUCUCGAAAAAGUUGACCCGCUACCUCAACUGGAUCGGGAUCCCCACGAAAGUGUUCAAUGUCGGGCAGUAUCGCCGUGAAGCCGUCCAGACUUACAAGAAUUAUGAGUUUUUCCGCCCGGACAACGAAGAGGCCAUGCAGAUCCGGAGGCAGUGUGCCUUGGCAGCACUUCGGGACGUUCACACCUACCUGAGCCUCGAAGAGGGCCAAGUUGCGGUUUUUGAUGCCACUAACACCAUGCGGGAACGACGGGGCCUCAUCCUACAGUUUGCGAAGGAACACGGCUACAAAGUUUUCUUCAUCGAAUCCAUCUGCGAUGACCCAGACAUCAUCCAGGAGAAUAUCACGCAAGUCAAGCUGACCAGCCCCGACUAUAAAGACUGCAACCGGGACGAGGUGGUCGACGACUUCCUGAAACGGAUCGAGUGCUACCAAAAGACCUACCAGCCCAUCGAUGACGAGCUGGACAGUUCCCUGUCCUACAUCAAGAUCUUCAACGUCGGCAGUCGCUACCUAGUGAACCGGGUUCAGGAUCACGUGCAGAGCCGCACCGUCUAUUACUUGAUGAACAUCCACGUGACGCCGCGCUCCAUCUACCUCAGCCGCCACGGGGAGAGUGAACUCAACCUGAAGGGGUGCAUCGGGGGUGACUCUGGACUGUCUGAGCGUGGCAAACAGUACGCCCACGCCUUGGCCUCCUUUAUCCGUUCCCAGUGCAUCCACGACCUCAAAGUGUGGACGAGCCACAUGAAGCGCACGAUUCAGACGGCGGAAGCGUUGCAUGUCCCCUACGAGCAGUGGAAGGCGCUGAACGAGAUCGACGCAGGUGUCUGCGAAGAAAUGACCUACGAAGAGAUCCAAGCCAGUUUCCCAGAAGAAUUCGCCCUGAGAGACCAAGACAAGUAUCGAUACCGCUAUCCUAAGGGGGAGUCGUACGAGGAUUUGGUGCAGCGCUUGGAACCUGUCAUCAUGGAGUUGGAACGACAAGAGAACGUCCUGGUCAUCUGCCACCAAGCUGUCAUGCGCUGCCUCCUCGCCUACUUCCUAGACAAAAGUGCAGAGGAGCUGCCGUACCUGAAGUGCCCACUACACACUGUGUUGAAGUUAACGCCUGUGGCCUACGGCUGUGAUGUGGAGUCGAUUUUCCUCAACAUCGAGGCUGUGAACACACACCGGGAACGCCCGCAGCAUCUUUCCUACAAUGCUAGCCAGGUCCCCCCGUACCGGCACUACCGCUCCGUGCCAAUGGCCAGCCCCGAGCCAACCAAACGACCCUGCUGGAAAGAUCUGGGCCGGUCCCCUCCCCCCCGCCUGUUUGACCCUCAGAAUGUUGACGUCACACGAGAUCCCGAGGAAGCCCUGGACACGGUGCCAGAUCAUUACUGAUCGCCUCGGGCGUUCAAAGAAUCCGUUUCUGCUCUACCAUGGAGUUCACAUUGGUGGCAUGGGUGCAUGGCACAACCUGGAGAAAUAAGGGUGGGGGCGGGGAAGGUGCUGAACCAACUUGCUUACGUCGUCUCACGAAGCUUGCCUUUGUACCUACGAAUGGCCUUCUCGGAAAGGAAACUGUAGUGUAGG